AUGCCCAGGGAGGCCUUUGCUGCUGUGCCGGGCCAGAAGCCAGAGGGCCCUGAGUCUAUGCGCGUCGCCCAGGGCUCACAUGCUGGUGCGGCACCACCCCUUGGCGAGUUCAAUACUGCUCUGCCCCGUAUUGUAUCUUCCUGGCUUUGUAUUCAUAGAGGCAGUGCAGCUGGCAUGAGGUUAAAAAAAGGCAAGGAGAAAAAGGCAAGGAGAAAAAGGCAAGGAGAAAAAGGCAAGGAGAAAAAGGCAAGGAGAAAAAGGCAAGGAGAAAAAGGCAAGGAGAAAAAGGCAAGGAGAAAAAGGCAAGGAGAAAAAGGCAAGGAGAAAAAGGCAAGGAGAAAAAGGCAAGGAGAAAAAGGCAAGGAGAAAAAGGCAAGGAGAAAAAGGCAAGGAGAAAAAGGCAAGGAGAAAAAGGCAAGGAGAAAAAGGCAAGGAGAAAAAGGCAAGGAGAAAAAGGCAAGGAGAAAAAGGCAAGGAGAAAAAGGCAAGGAGAAAAAGGCAAGGAGAAAAAGGCAAGGAGAAAAAGGCAAGGAGAAAAAGGCAAGGAGAAAAAGGCAAGGAGAAAAAGGCAAGGAGAAAAAGGCAAGGAGAAAAAGGCAAGGAGAAAAAGGCAAGGAGAAAAAGGCAAGGAGAAAAAGGCAAGGAGAAAAAGGCAAGGAGAAAAAGGCAAGGAGAAAAAGGCAAGGAGAAAAAGGCAAGGAGAAAAAGGCAAGGAGAAAAAGGCAAGGAGAAAAAGGCAAGGAGAAAAAGGCAAGGAGAAAAAGGCAAGGAGAAAAAGGCAAGGAGAAAAAGGCAAGGAGAAAAAGGCAAGGAGAAAAAGGCAAGGAGAAAAAGGCAAGGAGAAAAAGGCAAGGAGAAAAAGGCAAGGAGAAAAAGGCAAGGAGAAAAAGGCAAGGAGAAAAAGGCAAGGAGAAAAAGGCAAGGAGAAAAAGGCAAGGAGAAAAAGGCAAGGAGAAAAAGGCAAGGAGAAAAAGGCAAGGAGAAAAAGGCAAGGAGAAAAAGGCAAGGAGAAAAAGGCAAGGAGAAAAAGGCAAGGAGAAAAAGGCAAGGAGAAAAAGGCAAGGAGAAAAAGGCAAGGAGAAAAAGGCAAGGAGAAAAAGGCAAGGAGAAAAAGGCAAGGAGAAAAAGGCAAGGAGAAAAAGGCAAGGAGAAAAAGGCAAGGAGAAAAAGGCAAGGAGAAAAAGGCAAGGAGAAAAAGGCAAGGAGAAAAAGGCAAGGAGAAAAAGGCAAGGAGAAAAAGGCAAGGAGAAAAAGGCAAGGAGAAAAAGGCAAGGAGAAAAAGGCAAGGAGAAAAAGGCAAGGAGAAAAAGGCAAGGAGAAAAAGGCAAGGAGAAAAAGGCAAGGAGAAAAAGGCAAGGAGAAAAAGGCAAGGAGAAAAAGGCAAGGAGAAAAAGGCAAGGAGAAAAAGGCAAGGAGAAAAAGGCAAGGAGAAAAAGGCAAGGAGAAAAAGGCAAGGAGAAAAAGGCAAGGAGAAAAAGGCAAGGAGAAAAAGGCAAGGAGAAAAAGGCAAGGAGAAAAAGGCAAGGAGAAAAAGGCAAGGAGAAAAAGGCAAGGAGAAAAAGGCAAGGAGAAAAAGGCAAGGAGAAAAAGGCAAGGAGAAAAAGGCAAGGAGAAAAAGGCAAGGAGAAAAAGGCAAGGAGAAAAAGGCAAGGAGAAAAAGGCAAGGAGAAAAAGGCAAGGAGAAAAAGGCAAGGAGAAAAAGGCAAGGAGAAAAAGGCAAGGAGAAAAAGGCAAGGAGAAAAAGGCAAGGAGAAAAAGGCAAGGAGAAAAAGGCAAGGAGAAAAAGGCAAGGAGAAAAAGGCAAGGAGAAAAAGGCAAGGAGAAAAAGGCAAGGAGAAAAAGGCAAGGAGAAAAAGGCAAGGAGAAAAAGGCAAGGAGAAAAAGGCAAGGAGAAAAAGGCAAGGAGAAAAAGGCAAGGAGAAAAAGGCAAGGAGAAAAAGGCAAGGAGAAAAAGGCAAGGAGAAAAAGGCAAGGAGAAAAAGGCAAGGAGAAAAAGGCAAGGAGAAAAAGGCAAGGAGAAAAAGGCAAGGAGAAAAAGGCAAGGAGAAAAAGGCAAGGAGAAAAAGGCAAGGAGAAAAAGGCAAGGAGAAAAAGGCAAGGAGAAAAAGGCAAGGAGAAAAAGGCAAGGAGAAAAAGGCAAGGAGAAAAAGGCAAGGAGAAAAAGGCAAGGAGAAAAAGGCAAGGAGAAAAAGGCAAGGAGAAAAAGGCAAGGAGAAAAAGGCAAGGAGAAAAAGGCAAGGAGAAAAAGGCAAGGAGAAAAAGGCAAGGAGAAAAAGGCAAGGAGAAAAAGGCAAGGAGAAAAAGGCAAGGAGAAAAAGGCAAGGAGAAAAAGGCAAGGAGAAAAAGGCAAGGAGAAAAAGGCAAGGAGAAAAAGGCAAGGAGAAAAAGGCAAGGAGAAAAAGGCAAGGAGAAAAAGGCAAGGAGAAAAAGGCAAGGAGAAAAAGGCAAGGAGAAAAAGGCAAGGAGAAAAAGGCAAGGAGAAAAAGGCAAGGAGAAAAAGGCAAGGAGAAAAAGGCAAGGAGAAAAAGGCAAGGAGAAAAAGGCAAGGAGAAAAAGGCAAGGAGAAAAAGGCAAGGAGAAAAAGGCAAGGAGAAAAAGGCAAGGAGAAAAAGGCAAGGAGAAAAAGGCAAGGAGAAAAAGGCAAGGAGAAAAAGGCAAGGAGAAAAAGGCAAGGAGAAAAAGGCAAGGAGAAAAAGGCAAGGAGAAAAAGGCAAGGAGAAAAAGGCAAGGAGAAAAAGGCAAGGAGAAAAAGGCAAGGAGAAAAAGGCAAGGAGAAAAAGGCAAGGAGAAAAAGGCAAGGAGAAAAAGGCAAGGAGAAAAAGGCAAGGAGAAAAAGGCAAGGAGAAAAAGGCAAGGAGAAAAAGGCAAGGAGAAAAAGGCAAGGAGAAAAAGGCAAGGAGAAAAAGGCAAGGAGAAAAAGGCAAGGAGAAAAAGGCAAGGAGAAAAAGGCAAGGAGAAAAAGGCAAGGAGAAAAAGGCAAGGAGAAAAAGGCAAGGAGAAAAAGGCAAGGAGAAAAAGGCAAGGAGAAAAAGGCAAGGAGAAAAAGGCAAGGAGAAAAAGGCAAGGAGAAAAAGGCAAGGAGAAAAAGGCAAGGAGAAAAAGGCAAGGAGAAAAAGGCAAGGAGAAAAAGGCAAGGAGAAAAAGGCAAGGAGAAAAAGGCAAGGAGAAAAAGGCAAGGAGAAAAAGGCAAGGAGAAAAAGGCAAGGAGAAAAAGGCAAGGAGAAAAAGGCAAGGAGAAAAAGGCAAGGAGAAAAAGGCAAGGAGAAAAAGGCAAGGAGAAAAAGGCAAGGAGAAAAAGGCAAGGAGAAAAAGGCAAGGAGAAAAAGGCAAGGAGAAAAAGGCAAGGAGAAAAAGGCAAGGAGAAAAAGGCAAGGAGAAAAAGGCAAGGAGAAAAAGGCAAGGAGAAAAAGGCAAGGAGAAAAAGGCAAGGAGAAAAAGGCAAGGAGAAAAAGGCAAGGAGAAAAAGGCAAGGAGAAAAAGGCAAGGAGAAAAAGGCAAGGAGAAAAAGGCAAGGAGAAAAAGGCAAGGAGAAAAAGGCAAGGAGAAAAAGGCAAGGAGAAAAAGGCAAGGAGAAAAAGGCAAGGAGAAAAAGGCAAGGAGAAAAAGGCAAGGAGAAAAAGGCAAGGAGAAAAAGGCAAGGAGAAAAAGGCAAGGAGAAAAAGGCAAGGAGAAAAAGGCAAGGAGAAAAAGGCAAGGAGAAAAAGGCAAGGAGAAAAAGGCAAGGAGAAAAAGGCAAGGAGAAAAAGGCAAGGAGAAAAAGGCAAGGAGAAAAAGGCAAGGAGAAAAAGGCAAGGAGAAAAAGGCAAGGAGAAAAAGGCAAGGAGAAAAAGGCAAGGAGAAAAAGGCAAGGAGAAAAAGGCAAGGAGAAAAAGGCAAGGAGAAAAAGGCAAGGAGAAAAAGGCAAGGAGAAAAAGGCAAGGAGAAAAAGGCAAGGAGAAAAAGGCAAGGAGAAAAAGGCAAGGAGAAAAAGGCAAGGAGAAAAAGGCAAGGAGAAAAAGGCAAGGAGAAAAAGGCAAGGAGAAAAAGGCAAGGAGAAAAAGGCAAGGAGAAAAAGGCAAGGAGAAAAAGGCAAGGAGAAAAAGGCAAGGAGAAAAAGGCAAGGAGAAAAAGGCAAGGAGAAAAAGGCAAGGAGAAAAAGGCAAGGAGAAAAAGGCAAGGAGAAAAAGGCAAGGAGAAAAAGGCAAGGAGAAAAAGGCAAGGAGAAAAAGGCAAGGAGAAAAAGGCAAGGAGAAAAAGGCAAGGAGAAAAAGGCAAGGAGAAAAAGGCAAGGAGAAAAAGGCAAGGAGAAAAAGGCAAGGAGAAAAAGGCAAGGAGAAAAAGGCAAGGAGAAAAAGGCAAGGAGAAAAAGGCAAGGAGAAAAAGGCAAGGAGAAAAAGGCAAGGAGAAAAAGGCAAGGAGAAAAAGGCAAGGAGAAAAAGGCAAGGAGAAAAAGGCAAGGAGAAAAAGGCAAGGAGAAAAAGGCAAGGAGAAAAAGGCAAGGAGAAAAAGGCAAGGAGAAAAAGGCAAGGAGAAAAAGGCAAGGAGAAAAAGGCAAGGAGAAAAAGGCAAGGAGAAAAAGGCAAGGAGAAAAAGGCAAGGAGAAAAAGGCAAGGAGAAAAAGGCAAGGAGAAAAAGGCAAGGAGAAAAAGGCAAGGAGAAAAAGGCAAGGAGAAAAAGGCAAGGAGAAAAAGGCAAGGAGAAAAAGGCAAGGAGAAAAAGGCAAGGAGAAAAAGGCAAGGAGAAAAAGGCAAGGAGAAAAAGGCAAGGAGAAAAAGGCAAGGAGAAAAAGGCAAGGAGAAAAAGGCAAGGAGAAAAAGGCAAGGAGAAAAAGGCAAGGAGAAAAAGGCAAGGAGAAAAAGGCAAGGAGAAAAAGGCAAGGAGAAAAAGGCAAGGAGAAAAAGGCAAGGAGAAAAAGGCAAGGAGAAAAAGGCAAGGAGAAAAAGGCAAGGAGAAAAAGGCAAGGAGAAAAAGGCAAGGAGAAAAAGGCAAGGAGAAAAAGGCAAGGAGAAAAAGGCAAGGAGAAAAAGGCAAGGAGAAAAAGGCAAGGAGAAAAAGGCAAGGAGAAAAAGGCAAGGAGAAAAAGGCAAGGAGAAAAAGGCAAGGAGAAAAAGGCAAGGAGAAAAAGGCAAGGAGAAAAAGGCAAGGAGAAAAAGGCAAGGAGAAAAAGGCAAGGAGAAAAAGGCAAGGAGAAAAAGGCAAGGAGAAAAAGGCAAGGAGAAAAAGGCAAGGAGAAAAAGGCAAGGAGAAAAAGGCAAGGAGAAAAAGGCAAUGAGAAGGCAAGGAGAAAAAGGCAAUGAGAAGGCAAGGAGAAAAAGGCAAUGA